GGCAAUAUAAUGUUUAAAUUCUAUACAAUAGUAAUUUACCUAAUAGUGUUAUGUUUGGAGCAAACAGUACGAAUAGAAGCUGCCAGAAUUUUGGGUAUUUUUGCCCUACCACAACCGGCUAAAUACACAGUUAUGACAUCUUUAGUAAAUGCCCUCAACGAAAGGGGUCAUCAGUUGACGUUGAUAAUAAGAUAUAACAAUCAAGAGCCACUACACCAUAAUAUACGCAAAAUAUUAAUAGAUGGACAGGAUGAAAUCUCUAAAGAAUUUUCAACAUUUUCCACCGAAGUUCUGGAUAAAAGUUUCUUUUCGAAUAUGCAAAGCAUUUUCGGUAAAAGCGUGUUAGCCACCUCAAAUAUUAUCAACAAUCCGUAUGUUAAAGAGAUUAUGAAAAAUGAACAGUUUGAUAUGAUAAUGCUGGAUACUUUUAUAUGCGAGGCCUUGUAUGGCUUGGGAGAACACUUCAAUGCUCCCAUGGUGGGUAUUUCCAAUUUUGGCGCUCUAACAUCUUUGGACUUAAUGGUGGGCAAUGUCUCCCCUCUGUCAUUUGUGCCCUCCUUAUUCACACAGCAUACAUUUGAUGUAACAUUUUGGAAGCGCUGUUUAAAUGUUGCCCUAAAUGUUGUUGAUUUAAUGACUCAUGAACUUUUGCAACUGCCUUUGCAACGCAGACUUUAUAAUGAUUUAUUUCCUAAUGCCACCAUUACUUUUGAUCAGGCCAAUCGUAACUUCUCUUUGGUGUUGUUGAAUCAACAUUUUUCUUUAAGUUUUCCUCGGCCGUAUGUGCCCAAUAUGAUUGAGGUGGCUGGUUUGCAUAUUGAAGAGAAUUUGCAGAAUUUACCUUUAAAUGUUCAACGAUUUUUAGAUGAUUCUCCUCAAGGUGUCAUUUAUUUAUGUUUAGGUGUUAGUGCAGACAUGUUUAACCUUAAUCCGAAUAAUUCUCAGUCAUUUGUUCAAACAUUUAAAGAUUUAAAUUACAAUGUUAUUUGGCAUAACAACUAUAUGCCAUCAGAAGGUUAUAAAUACAAAAACAUCUUGCAGGUUUUCAAUGUAUCCCAAUACUCAAUGUUGGCUCAUCCAAAUAUUAAGUUGUUCAUAACAAAUGGUGAGUUAAUUAGUAUUAUAGAGGCUGUGUAUUAUGGUAAACCUAUUCUGGGCAUACCUAUGUUUGCCGAUCAGCAUGUAAAUAUCAAUAUGGCCCUUAAAACCGGUUAUGGUUUGGGUUUAACAUUGCGACAACUCACUGAAUCGAAACUGCAACAAAAUAUUCUAGAACUUUUAAACAAUCCACGUUAUUUAAUAAAAAUCAAAGAAUUAUCCACCGUCUUUCGUGAUCAACCUAUGAAACCUAAAGACAAGGCGGUCUACUGGAUUGAGUAUGUGCUGAGACACAAGGGUGCUACACAUUUGCGUGUUAAAGGACGUUUUUUAAAUAUUUGGCAAUUUAAUAAUAUUGAUGUCUUGUUAGCAUUUCUAGUAGCAUUUGCUGUAAUUGUUUUUAGUAUUUGGUUAACAAUGAAAUGUAUAUAUUUGCUGGUUUUUAAAAGUAAAAAUAAUUUACAAAUAAAGGUUAAGAAAAAUUGA